AUGGCCGCCGCAGCAACGUCUUCCCCCCGAGAGCGGAAGCCCUCAGUUGGGGCUCCCAUUUCGACUCUACAAGGCCCCGUCGGCCCUGGCUUCUCUCGGCCCAAGCAUAAACGAACUGCUACCGGGUUUGGAGCAGGUGACAUCAAAGCCGUGGAAUCCAGCAUUCCGGAGCAUAUGCGAGAGGCCUGGAGAAAAUUCUCUCCUCAGGGCUUCAAAACGAAAGAAGAAUUCGAGGCAGAAUGUAUCAGGCAUAUCGAGACCACACUGGCAAGAUCCCUCUUCAACUGCGACGAGCUAGCUGCAUACUCUGGCACUGCCCUGGCCUUCCGUGAUCGCCUGAUCAUCGAUUGGAACAAGACUCAGCAGCGACAGACAUUUGCUGAUCAAAAGAGAAUUUACUAUCUAUCCCUCGAAUUUUUGAUGGGAAGAACCUUGGACAAUGCAAUGCUGAACGUUGGCCUCAAGAAUGUGGCCAAAGAGGGGCUUGAAGACCUCGGCUUUCGCAUCGAGGACGUUAUCAAUCAAGAACACGAUGCAGCCCUGGGCAAUGGAGGCUUGGGUCGACUUGCCGCAUGUUUCCUCGACAGCAUGGCUUCGUUGAACUACCCGGCAUGGGGCUACGGUCUUCGAUACAGAUACGGGAUUUUCAAGCAAGAGAUCGAGAAUGGCUACCAGGUGGAGAUUCCCGAUUAUUGGCUUGAUUUCAACCCUUGGGAGUUCCCUCGACAUGAUGUGACGGUCGAUGUCCAAUUCUACGGUUGGGUGAAUAAAUCCACAAACGACGAAGGCAAACAGAUUGUCUCCUGGCAAGACGGUGAAAUUGUCACGGCGGUAGCCUACGACGUUCCCGUCCCAGGCUAUGGAACGCCAACCGUGAACAAUUUACGUCUUUGGUCCAGUAAGGCUUCCAGCGGCGAGUUUGACUUUUCGAAGUUUAACUCUGGCGAAUAUGAAAGCGCCGUGGCCGAUCAGCAGCGCGCCGAAACCAUCUCGGCCGUCUUGUAUCCCAACGACAACCUCGAAAGGGGUAAAGAACUGCGUCUGAAGCAACAAUAUUUCUGGUGUGCGGCAUCUCUUCAUGAUAUUGUCCGUCGAUUCAAGAAGUCCAAGCGCAGAUGGGCCGAGUUCCCCGAUCAGGUGGCCAUUCAACUGAACGACACCCACCCUACCUUGGCCAUCGUCGAAUUACAGCGGAUUUUGAUCGACAAAGAAGGAUUGGAGUGGAAUGAAGCUUGGGACAUUGUUUCCAAAACGUUUGGCUACACUAAUCACACCGUCUUGCCGGAAGCAUUGGAAAAAUGGUCGGUACCAUUGAUUCAAAACCUUCUCCCUCGCCACUUGCAAAUCAUCUAUGAGAUCAACCUGUACUUCCUUCAGGCGGUGGAGCGUCGAUUUCCCAAAGACCGCGACAUGCUUGCCAGAGUCUCAAUUAUUGAAGAAUCGAAUCCCAAGAUGGUUCGAAUGGCUUAUCUGGCGAUCGUCGGUUCACAUAAGGUCAACGGCGUGGCUGAAUUACAUUCGGAUCUGAUUAAGACCACAAUUUUCAAGGACUUUGUCAAAGUCUACGGCCCCGACAAGUUCACCAAUGUUACCAACGGUAUCACUCCUCGAAGAUGGCUGCACCAGGCCAACCCUCGACUGUCCGAGUUAAUCGCUUCGAAGCUCGGAAACUAUGAAUUCUUGAAGGACUUGACCCUCCUCAACAAGCUUGAGCCAUAUGUGGACGACAAAGAGCUCAAGAAAGAGUGGGCUGAGAUCAAAUAUGCCAAUAAGGUCCGACUGGCCCAACAUAUUCGGAAGACCACGGGCGUGAGCGUCAACCCCAAGGCGCUCUUUGACGUUCAGGUCAAACGCAUCCACGAAUAUAAACGACAGCAGCUCAAUGUCUUUGGCGUCAUUUAUCGAUACCUUGCCAUCAAGGCGAUGACGCUAGAAGAGCGCAAGAAACUUGCUCCCAGAGUGUCCAUCUUUGGUGGCAAAGCUGCUCCCGGUUACUGGAUGGCCAAGACCAUUAUUCAUCUCAUCAACAAAGUGGGAGAAGUGAUCAACAAUGACCCAGAUGUCGGCGAUUUGCUCAAGGUUGUCUUCGUCGAGGACUAUAAUGUCAGCAAGGCGGAGAUCAUUAUCCCAGCUUCGGAUAUCAGCGAGCAUAUUUCUACCGCCGGGACCGAGGCCUCGGGCACGAGCAACAUGAAGUUUGUGCUCAAUGGCGGUUUGAUCAUUGGUACCCUUGAUGGCGCAAACAUCGAAAUCACGCGAGAGAUUGGAGAGCAAAACGUUUUCUUGUUUGGAAAUCUCGCCGAAGACGUGGAAGAUCUUAGACACCAACACUUCUAUGGCGACUACCACAUCAGCCCAGAGCUUUCGAAGGUGUUCGACUGCAUCAAAGCGGGCACAUUUGGAGAUGAAAGCGCCUUCGGAGCAUUGAUCGGUGGUAUUGUCGAGCACGGCGACUACUACCUCGUGAGCGAUGAUUUCGAUAGCUACUGCAAGACUCAAGAUCUUAUCGAUGAGGCAUACAAGAACCAAGACAAGUGGGUCAGCAAGUCAAUUCUGAGUGUGGCGAGAAUGGGUUUCUUCACCUCAGACCGAUGCAUCAACGAAUACGCCGACACCAUUUGGAACAUUGAGCCCCUUGCAGUCAAGGAUGAGGCUGAAGUCAGGGCACGAACUGGACUUGAUACCUAG